CCUCUGUGUCCACUGCCAAUUAUUCUCCCCCGGCGAUCCCGUCAACUCCUCUUUUCUCUCUCUCCCUCCAUCGACCUCCCUAAUCUCCGCCACUUUUUCGCGCCUCUCGCCAAAUCACCAUUUUCAUCGAGUAGCCAGCUCUUCGCGCGUCCUCCAAGGCCUCAUUCGUUCGGUCGGCAAGGGGCUUUCGACGGGCGUGCCCCCUCUCAGUGAUUCCCAUCAACAACUUCUCCCCCAACCGCAAGGCUCCUGAAACCCGAAUCCUCAACCCUCAACGCCUAUCUUCCAACUCUCGUUCAUUCGAAUCCCUGUUUCAUUCCGAAUCAUGCUGUUGCCAAAGGGCGGAGUCAAUUGGAAGUCCGCCAGGGCUGGCCUGCCACCAUGGAGGGCAAUCCUCGUUCUCCUGACGCGGACUCGCUUUUUGGUGUCCGUGGCCGUGACAGGCCUGGUCAUCCUGCUGUGGCGUGGUGUGAGCAGGUCUGCGUCUGAAAUGCAAAAUUUCUACUGCUACGGCUCCUCCAAAUCCCCGAUGGAGAUGACCAUCAACGAAAUGGUCGAGUGGAAUGCACACGCCCAGACCCCCGUCCUCUUCAACCACCACGAACCCUACGAAGUCAACAGCACCUCCAUCUCCGAAAUCGAUCUCAACCCGAUCAAGUCCACUACCCAGGCCUUCCACAACCAUGAGCGCGUCCUCAUUCUGACCCCUCUCCGCGACGCCUCCCCCUACCUCGCCAAUUAUUUCGACCUCCUGUACAAGUUGACCUAUCCCCACGACCUGAUUGACCUGGCCUUCCUCGUCGGCGAUUCCAAGGAUGACACCCUGGCCAAUCUGGCCUCCGAGCUCGAUCGCAUCCAGAACCAUGCCGAUGAAAAAGUCCGUUUCCGCAGCGCUACCGUCAUCAAGAAGGACUUUGGUGCCGAGACCGAGAUGACCGUGGAGGAGCGCCACUCCUUUGCUGCUCAAGGUCCCCGGCGUAAGGCUAUCGGUCGGGCCCGUAACUACUUGCUUUACUCGGCCCUCAAGGCCGAUCACUCCUGGGUGUACUGGCGUGACGUGGACAUUACUGACUGCCCCGAGCGGAUUCUGGAGGACUUUAUGGCUCACGAUAAGGAUAUUCUUGUGCCUAACAUUUGGUUCCACCGGUACCGUGACGGCCAUGAUGUUGAAGGUCGCUUUGACUACAACUCCUGGAUCGAAUCCGACAAGGGCCGUCGCCUGCGCGAAACUCUGGACCCCGACACUAUUCUGGCUGAAGGCUACAAGGAGUACGACACUGGCCGCACAUACCUGGUCAGCAUGGGUGACUGGAGAAAGAACAAGGAUGAGGAGGUCGAGCUUGACGGUAUUGGUGGUGUCAACAUUCUCGUCAAGGCUGAUGUUCACCGUUCCGGUAUCAACUUCCCCGCAUACGCUUUCGAGAACCAGGCCGAAACCGAGGGCUUCGCCAAGAUGGCCAAGCGUGCCGGUUACCAGGUCGUUGGUCUACCCAACUAUGUGGUCUGGCACAUCGACACGGACGAGAAGCCCGGCAACCUGGGAGAUCGCAAGGCAUACUAAACCCAGCAUGCCCAGCAUGUUACAUCUCACAUCGUUCCAGUGAGCCACCUCGCUCCUCGGGUCCAAAGUUGAUCUUUGCUCCCACGAUCAUCCCCCUCCCUUCCGUUUUCCUCAUCGACCGCCCGGAGGCCACACGCGGUCCCCCGUCUAUACCCGGUCGUCAUGUCCACAGACACACGGCAUCUCCACCGUGACUGUGAGAUACUAUCAUCCGCUUCUUUUCAUCUAUUCUCGGAGGGGAUGUUUUAUUCACACGACGGAAGCCUAAUGAUUUUUCAUAAUCCACCCAUCUUCGUGUCGCGUUCUAGGGAGUGUGCUGUAUGUGUUGUGUCUUUGUUUACCUUGGCGCUACGGGGGGAAAAUGUUGUUUGGCAGGAUUGCAGGGUCUAUAGAAGUUUGCCGGUUCUCGGACCUUUCUUUUUGAUAUACUGAAUUUUUGUUGUUACCCAGGGUGUUUACCAGGCUGAUUCUUGUCGCUCUCUCCUUUUCUUUGGGGAUGCUAUACCCUUUGGUAUGGCUUGGGCUGGCUUGGGUUGGUCAUGAGUGAACCCCCAUAUCAUUGUCAUUUUUUCUUCUUGCAAACAUUCCUCUAGGGAUCGAGAACCGGACUGUCAUUGUCAUUGUCAUGUCAUUUGUUUUUAAUCAUUUUCACUUUUUCCUUUUUCCUUUUUCUCUCCAAUCCUGCCUCGAGUCUAACAUCGGAUUCGUCCAAAUUGUGUAUUCCAUUCCUUUUCUUUUCUUUUUGGGUUUAUUGAAUCGACAUACCCUGGUCUUUUUCUCUCGGAAGAUCAAGACGAGGACUCGGUGAUUGAUAUAGUUCCUUCCUUCUGGGUACAAACUCUGGACAAUACUAUACAAUAGACCUAGACGGAGAUACUAUUAUCUCUUCUAGCGAUGUACUCACCCC